UCGUUCUGACCGACACAACAAUGCUGUUUACAAACUUGGUUAUUUUUUUGUUGGUUAGUUCGAUUGUGGCUACGGAAAAUUCAGGGUGUCAAUGGGUCCAUUCAGUGAAGAUAGGUCGCAACUGCUACACUUUUUUCAACAUGAAGUACAAUUUUGCUGAAGCAUGGGGAUUAUGUAAAUCACUAUACCUGUCUGGGUCACUACCUGUGCAUUUGAACUACAUUAGUUUGGCCAGGCUGAGCAGCUAUAUGCACGGUAUCAACCGAAACACCACCUCCUGGGUUGGCCUGAUCCGACAAGGCUUGACAACCUGGACGUGGACGGACAACACGACGGCCUCCGUGUCAGAUCUCUGGGACGACAACCAGCCAGACAACUGGAACCGCUCCGAGAACUGCGCCCACCUCCGCCACAACUGGAAGCUCAACGACGUCAGCUGUCUCCAAGAGAUGAGCUUCUUCUGUCAGGAACCACAGAUGCCACGGUCCUAUCGCCCAGUGUAACAGUCCACGAUUGAUCCAGCACGCUCAAGUCUACCCUCUCCACAGCUCAUCAAGCAAUAAAAUAAGUUUCCUG